CCUUCUCCAUCCGCUGACUUCUUCAACCGCUUCCCAAUCCCCUGCCUCGCGGACCACACCCCACCACGCACCGCACCCAAUCACCCUCCACCGUCCUCUCCACCAAACAUCAGGCAUCCACGUGUCGCCGCGUGAUUCGUUGAAAGCGUGGUCCGCGCAGCAGAGAAGACGCUGACAUGGGCUAUAAAACACAGGCCCCACAUUUGACCACGAUCCACGUGACUUUGACCCUCUGAUCCGUUCGAAGCGCUUCGCCUCUUCCAAACCCAAACCCAACCCUCAAUCUCAUAGGAUUAAUUCAUUUUCGUUUUCAGCUUUUUCUUCUUAAUCUCUUUCUCUCUCUGCAAACCAAACCCUAGGAAGAAGAAAGAACCAUGCGUUCCUAGAUCGUGAUCUGGUGCGGGCGCCAACACCGUAGGAUUGCAAUGGCGAACGAAUUGUUUCAGAAUUGAUUGCGGGAAUUGCUAUUAUGUCUGAAUUGGUGGCCCGUACGGGUCGGCAUCAACAGCGAUACGAGAACGGUUUUCGUCUUGUUGCAGGGUGUGUUCCAUUUAGGUAUAAAAAUUCUAAUGAUUGUGGAGACUCUAGUUCUAAUAAGAUUGUUGAAGUGCUUAUGAUUAAUUCACCAAGUGGACCAGGUCUUUUGUUUCCAAAGGGAGGUUGGGAGAAUGAUGAAACUGUUGAGGAGGCAGCUGUAAGGGAAGCUAUUGAAGAAGCAGGAGUUCGAGGAGACCUAAUGGAUUUUCUUGGAUACUACGAGUUUAGGAGUAAGACCCAUCAAGAUGAGUUCAGUCCAGAAGGUUUAUGUAAAGCAGCAAUGUUCGCCUUGUUUGUCAAGGAGGAACUCGAGUUAUGGCCUGAGCAAAGUACCAGAAAUAGGAGUUGGCUAGCUGUAUCGGAGGCCCUUGGAAGCCUCCGGCAUGCUUGGAUGAGGGAUGCACUGGAAUGCUUCUGUAAAUGGCAUGAGGAUAAGUUGGUGAGUGGAAUGAAUGGAUAGACGGAUUUGCCGAUUAAUUACUUUUAGGGCAUUGUGUAUCUCUUUGUGAUAAAAACAUUUCUCAUUACUUUAGGACAGAUAAUUCUAAAUCAGAAUUGCGUAGUUAUUGUUUCGAAUCUGUCGAUCGAUCUCUGAUUUUUUUAAUUCAGAGUAAUUCAUAACAUUGGAUUCUAGUUGAGACUUGAGAUGCUUGAUCGCGUUGUUUUGA